AUGAUAUUAUUAUUAUUAUUAUUAUUAUUAAUUUACAGAAAGAACAACAACGAACAAGAUAAGGAAUCAUGGAGAAAAUCGUGGGGAAGCGUGAUAAGUCAAGAUGGAAGAGAAAAUUGGGAAGGUUUUCAAGCGGAUUACGAUUACCUCAUGGCUCAAAACAUUUUGGAAAAAACAUUUUCGGAAAUGUCAAUGGAAAAAAUUUCCGGUUCGACUCCGACGACUCCGAUUUUAUGGAGUCACUCGGAGUUUAUGGAUCAUUUUGCUCAACUCUACUCUUGGCUCAAAAGCAUACAGGAUGUGGUGUAUGGAAAUCAUGAAAAUGUCACGGAUUGGAAAUUGCGAGCUGAGAGGCAAGAGGAUUUGCAAAGGCAAAGAUUUCGUCUCGAAACAUUCAACGAUCAAUCGAAUAAACUCAUUAAUUUGUAUCCCGAAUUAGAGGGUGAAGUCUCUUGGUUGACGAAACACGUCAACGAUAAAUGGGUUACCGUCGAGACGCUCGUGGGAAUAUCGAAAAAAGAUGAAAUUAAUAAAAAACAUCAAAUGGGUUCUGGGGAAAAAUUAGAACACGAAGUUAAAUGUCUCAGAAGGUGGUUGAGAGACCUCGAUGCAAAAUUAAAACCGUUAACUUUUCAAACUGGAUGGACCAAAGUCGAACUCGAAAUGAAAAGGAAAGAACACAUGAUGAAGAAUUUUAACUGGUUGAAUUACGAUAACUAA